AAAGAAUGGCAUUGACCACACAAAACCAGAACAAUCUCCUCUGUCCCGUUACUGCAAGCACAAGGAGGCUCUCUCUCUCUCUCUCUCUCUCUCUCUCCCUCUUAUAUUUCUCCUCUCUCUCUCAUUAGUCAUCACAAAGAGUAGAUGAACACCCCAGUAUCAUUAACGAACCGCGUCUUCAAUUAAAUUGAAAACCUCACUGCUUUGGCCUUUCGUCCUUUGAAGCUCUCUCUCUCUCUCUCUCUCUCUCUCGGAUUGAAUAAAUAUCCCAAACCCCUCUUCCAGUACCUUACGAUCAUCGAUCGACAAGAACAAAAACUCGAACUCUCCCCAAAAAAUUCAAUUUUUCUUUAUCUAUUUCCGUCUCUGAAUCUCUCAAUAGCAGAGAUAUCUGAGAAAGGAAAUGGCAUGGAGCCUGGGCCAGGACUUGGCUCGGGUUCCUCUGAUCUGGGCUUCUGAAAGAAAUAAGAAGGCCAACGUGGUGGAGAAGAAAUAGAGGAACAGAGUUUGGUGAAUAUAAGAAGCGUAAAUGAGGUGUAAGAGACAUCCUUCCGACCCCAGCAGUGGCGUUGGCAUAUGCGCUUCUUGUCUCCGUGAACGCCUCUUUGCUAUCAUAGCCGCCCAAGCUCGUCAACAAGCUCUAGCCCAAGCACAAGAACAAGCCCAGGCAGAGGCCGAAGAUUGUCGGAAAUUUAACGGCCGCGCACCACCUCCGCUUGUCUUCCCUCGGUCUGUCUCUCCAUACAUCUAUAGCCGCUCAGCAAGCGACCCUUCCGGCGAAUACCUCCACCACCAUAACAAAUUCGAUCGGCACUUCUAUAGUACCCCUCAGGUAGAUCCCACCUCCACCAACACCACCAUCGGUGGCGCCGCUCCCAAGAAGAAGCGUACUAAGUUCUCGCUCUUCGCAAAUCUGUUCCGUAAAUUCAGAUCGGAAGAAUCAGACCCAGAUGGCAGUGGCACAGAUGCCAGAACUUCUAGAGUCUCCAGGUCUUCGUUAACAACUUCUUCAUCUUCUUCCCCAAUCUCACAAACUUCCUUCUCAGCCCUUUUCCCCGGUGGGCGGAAGAAAUUAUCUCGUCUCUUUACUUUCGAAGACACCCGCAGCAGAAUCCAAAGACCACUCGCCAGAAGAGAUCGAGGAAUGUCACCAGAGAAAGACACCGUCGAAGGUGACCUCUCCGGAGAUUAUGACUCGACAAGUAGCUACUCAUCCAAAUCUUCACCAAAAGUGCUACAGGCUCAACCGACACCGCCCCAAGCAACACCGAGCAGGGCUCGCCGGCGAGGACAUCAUAGUCGGAAUGUUUCAGGAUUAGCCGUUUGUUUUAGCCCAUUGGUGAGACCUAGCCCAAGUAGGCACCACCGGAAUACGGCGUACUCCAGUGAGAUUGGAUUCUCCGGUGAAGUUCGGACUUCGAGUAAACCAAAUUUUUUGACGGCUCCUCCUCCUUUCUGCAAGAACAGAUCAAGAAAACUUGCAGACAUCGGAAGAAUCAAACUCUGUUUCUCUCUCUACAUAAAGAUCCAAGAUCUAAAGAUGGAAAAUGGGAAAAAUGGUGCCAGGGCCUCGUGGGUAUAAUGUAUGGUGAGGGCAUAAUUUAAUGGGUUUUACUUUGCCCUAGAUCGUUU